AUGGUCUCCUCUGAGGUUGCAAGCUCGCCAUCACCGCCACCGCUCGGCACGCUCAUAGACAACGACUCCCUCGAGCUCGUCGAAGUGCUUGGCUAUGGUGGUUAUGGUGUCGUCUACCGAGCCGUAGACGCGUACUCUUCAGAACCCAUCUCCUACGCUGUCAAGUGCCUCCCUCACUCGCCCAAGCGCAACGCUUCUCGCCAACGCCAGCUGCACUUGCGCGAGAUCACCCUCCACCAACUCGCCUCUGCGCACCCCAACGUCGUUACCCUCCACCGCGUCAUCGAGGACCCAGAGUACACCUAUAUUGUUAUGGACUAUUGCGAGGACGGCGACCUGUUCUCGCAGAUCCUUCACCAUCGUCGUUAUCUGGGCAAUAACGAGCUCAUUAAGGAAGUAUUCCUGCAGCUGCUUGACGCAGUCGAGUACUGCCAUUCCCUGCAUAUUUAUCACCGCGACUUGAAGCCGGAGAACGUGCUCUGUUUUGAUGGUGGCAUGCGCCUGGCCAUCACAGACUUCGGACUUGCCACGACGGAGACGGUUAGUACCGAGUUCCGCACCGGUAGUGUUUACCACAUGAGCCCAGAAUGCCAGGGCGGCGUCUUCGCACCUACGCGGACGUACUCUCCCCUCUUCAACGACAUCUGGUCGCUCGGUAUCAUUCUGCUCAACCUCAUCACCGGGCGGAAUCCGUGGAAGUCGGCCGCAGCCGACGACUGCACGUUCCAGGCUUACCUCCGCGACCCCCUUCACUUCCUCCCCACCGUGCUCCCGAUUUCAGAGGAGGUCAACAUGCUCCUGGUGCGAACGCUCGAGGUCGACUGGCGCAGGCGUAUCACGCUGCGCGAGAUGCGCAGUGCGAUCAAGGGCGUCGAGAACUUCUACUCUCCCGACGUCUUGUUCGAGGAUAGCAUGGCGCGGUGUCCUGGGAGGCGGGUAUCCGGGCAGAGUCCGAGAGCGAGUCCGAGGAAGAGGAGGAGGAGGCGAUGGAGCCCGAGCCACAGCAGAGGCCGCACGACGAGGCGCUCGUGUCGUCCUGGACCGACUCCGACUCCGAGAUGGUCUUCGCGACGCAAUCCGAGACCCGGUCGUCCUGGGCGGACGAGUCUCUUCGCGCGCGCCACGAUUCGUACAGCCGCUCGAUGUCGCCAUCCCCGGUGUCGCCGCUCUUCGCCCAGAGCAAGCUCUUCGACGCGCUCAACACGCCGAGCAACCCCUCGACGUACUCCGUCGUCUCUUCGUCGCCGUCAAUACCGUCGCUCCCGAGGACGCCGGGUCCGGAAAGCGCCGGGUGGAACCAGCCCGCGAACAGGCGUCCUGCCCUGCGCUUGA